AUGAGUGAGACCUUCGACUGGAGUUUCCCAGGUCUUGACAAAGCUCACUUCACUGCUCUCGCCAAUCUUCUCUCCCUUAGGAAUGGCGGGCAAGUCGAAGAGGCUUGGCUGCCCGACGAUGUACUGGAAGAGUACUACGACGACGAGCUUAAGAAGAAGUUUUUGGACUGUCUCGCCGAAUUCGCUGCGAAUAGAAAAGGUGGGAGGGCUGUUGUAGCCACAGCCAUGAAAGAGUCGGAGGAUAGUGUGACUUUAUGGAUUGCGCGGAAUGAGGGGUUUCCGGAGCUAGAGAGACCAGUUUAUGAUAGGUUGGGCAAGCUGCUGGGGAGGUUGUCCGGUAGCCAGGGCUUGGGGGAGGAAGCUGUCAAGAAAGAGCUCUGGAAUGAGAUGCUUGCAUAUCAUCAAGAUCGUAUCCAGGGUGACUCUAUCCCUAGUUUGAGAGCUGAUUUCAAAGCUCUGGGUAACAGUAUGUCGAUUGGAAACCAUACGACCUUGGAGAAUGAGCUCUUAGACUUUCGGCAGCUGCUCUUUGACGUCGCAAAGACGGGACAGUCUACAACUGACCAAUACAGCAAGAUUGCCACAUCGGCAUACGAAUUGCGAAUGAGGAAGAGAACCGGGGAAGCACUGUACAGCUCUCCAGGUGCUACUUCAAAAACGAAGAAGCUCUGGAUGGACAUCUCUCUGCUCGCUAGACUCCGAGUCACGUUUGAGAAGUUCGGAGAGACUGCGCUCGCUUUCCCGAGCUUCAACGAAGUCACCAUUAUUCUCCUGCCUCGCGACUCGACAUCGAUCGCAUCGCCCAAAUGCUCUCUGAACUUGAAGCAGACGUUCGGCAUCCUAAACCUCAGCCUAGAUGGUGACACCAUCGGGAGCGUGCUACUCAACAAAUGUAACGUAAAGAAAGCUGGAAAAGAAUUCACUAUCCGACAAAAGCAGAGACUUAACACACACUGCGAAGUCCAACUGCUCCUUUUUCUGUCCCGCAACGAGCCGUCAAUUCAUACGAUACUACCAUACUUUGGAUGUAGCAAGUAUAGUUGCUUCGCCUGUGCUCGAUUACUCAAAGCCCAUGGGAAGUUUGCUACGAGGGGCUGCCAUGGGCGUCUCUUCAAAUCAUGGAGUCUGCCUGAGGUAGCCGAACUUCGACCGGGACAAGCAGAUCAAAUAGGCAAAGCUUUAGUACAGGUACAGAAGGACAUCAAAAGGGAACUGAAGUCUGCUAUAAAGAGAAAUGUGCUUCCAGCCAAAACCUCUGCUAUUGGCGGAAGUAGUGUUUUUCCUUCGGCGGCGAAGCACUCACGACGAGAAUCGGAUGUCGAGCGAUGGAGGUUAGAAUCCGAGCAAAAACGAGUUGCUGAAGCGUUCAAAAGGAUGACGCUUGAGGAAACUCAGUCCAUUUCCCAUAUGCCGACAACGACGUCGUUAUCAGAAGAUACCUGGCUAGGGUAUCAUCAAGAGCUUGACGAGGAGUUGGGCGAAUGUCGGCACUGCGAUAGAACGACCUCCCGAAAAUGCAGCGUUUGCAACAAAGAUUUCUAUUGCAGUGAAUUAUGUGAACAGAAAAGAUCCGGAUAUCAUCUCUUCACCUGCGCCAGGCGUCCUCUCACAUCCGCCGACUUCCUGUGGAGAUUUCUCGUCCGAGACGAGCUCCCCACCGACGCAGACACAGAAGUUUUCGAAGACUUCGGCUUCAGCCAUCUCCCAUCUUUCGCGGACCGAUCCAAACUUCUAGGGCUUUACCAAGGCCUCUAUCUCUUAGGAGAGGUGACCGCGGAGGACCUCCACAAAUGGCGCACCGAAGGUACCCUCAUCGCUAACAUCAAGGCCUUCUACUACCGCAUCCCUGAAGCCUCCCGCGGCGGCUACUUUCCCUGGUUCUUGAAGCACACCCACAUCCUUGAGAGUCCCAUAUCCGGCAAGGAGGCAGCGGAAAGCAUGAUCACCACGUUCUUCGACCAAGCGUGUACAUACCUGGACCCCGAAGACCAGGGCAAGAAGCCGCAAGAAUUGAAACCGGACGCCAAAGCCGCGUGCUACAUUAUGCUGGCAGAGGUGCUGCACAUGGGGCAUCCAAACCCCAUUGAAGAGAACUACUACCUUCACGGAAUUUUGGCGGGCGUACGAGAGUCAGGCUCCCUCAUCAAGCUCAUGGAUUCCCAUGGCUUGAAAGGGCCCUCGUUCCGACAUCUCGAGUCUUUUCUCUCAGUCCCACCGUCCGGACCGCAUAAGUCGGUGUGGGGCUUGAAACAAUUCCUCGCCAUCAGUCAACCUACCGAAUAUCCGCCUGACGCAUCUAUCCGAUUUGAUUACGGAUUCAAGAAUUGUCGGAACUUCGAGGAGACGUGUACGUUGAUGGAGAUAUACAAGCAGUUGCUGCAGCAGGCAGAUCCGCUGGAUUUGCAUGAAGCAUGCCUAGCUGGUAAGCUAUUUGAGUUUGCGGAGAAAUUUCAUAAGAUCAAGGAGGAAUGGAGGAGAUUGAUGGAGACCAUGUACCCGCUUUAGGAAGAGAUCGACGGACGAGGGUCGGAUGGACCUAGGACGGGAGGAUGUUGGUGAUGAUAUUGCGGUCCCACGACGGGAUGAGAAUAAGUCCCUAAUCCCCCAAAUACACGCGGCGCUCCCUAGCUGCCUCCUUUCGAAGGGGAUGGUUCUCAAAAC